AUGUCCGAAGAUCUCGGCGCUGUAUCGUCGCAGCAACUACAACAAUCUCUCGAAUCCAUAUCGAUACCGACCUCCUCACCUCAAGCUACAUUUACCAAUUGGGCAAAAACGUUUAAAUGUCAACCUCAGAGGGUAUUCGCUCCUACGACGGCAUUGCAGUGUAGACAGAUCAUCGAGUUGGCCAGAAGGGAAGGUGCGAGAGUGCAUCCUGUUGGUGUGGGUCAUUCGCCAUCCGAUUUGGCAUGUACGAAUGGAUGGUUGAUCAGGAUGGAAGGAUUGAAAGGUGUCGUCAAAAUCAAUCACGAAAAACAUUCUGCAACUUUCAUGGCCGGCACUACCCUUCAUCAAGUUCAUUCUUCCCUGGCAACUACAUCACCUCCGUUGGCUCUACCCAACAUCGGAUCGAUAUCCGAUCAAACGAUCGGAGGAUUGAUAUCGACCGCAUCCCACGGAUCAGGUGUUACCUUCCCAGUCUUAUCACAGCAUGUUCGAUCGUUGGUCUUGGUAUUGCCAUUACCUGGUGCACCCGUCGUCAAGGUGUCUCCUAACGACGAUCCCGAUCUGUUCAAAGCUAGUUUAUGUGGAUUAGGCGCAACUGGAUUGAUGUUGGAAGUUGAAAUUGAGGUAGAGGAAGCUUUCAGAUUGAAAGAGACAAAAGAACCUCAGUCGGUCGACGAGGUAUUGGAUAAUCUGGAUGAGAUCAAGAAAAGUGCUGAACACGUUAGAGUAUGGUGGUACCCUGAUGGCAAAGGGAUGAUAGUUGGUAGAGCCAAUAGAACUUAUCAACCUGCUCAACCUACUGCUUCUCUCCUCGCUCACAUCCUCGGCUUCCAUGUUACCCAAUUCUUCCUCUUCGUAUCCCGUAUAUUUCCUUCAUUUACUCCAUUCGUCGGUAGAUGGGCAUGGUGGUUGUCCAAACAGGAAAGUGAAGUAGUGGAUGAUGGGUACAAGAUCUUGAAUUUCGACUGUUUGUUCCCUCAAUACGCUCUCGAAUGGGCUAUCGAUGCAUCCCAAGCUAAACAGUGUUUGAAAGAAAUGCGAGUAUGGCUAGACCAAGAGGCAGCAGAUCAUGAUGGACUACGAGUUCAUUUCCCUAUAGAAAUCCGAUGGUCCGCUCAGGAUGAUAUCUGGUUGAGUCCCAGUUACGGAAGGGAGACAUGCUGGAUUGGUGUCGUUACUUAUCGACCAUACGGUUUAGCAGUCCCAUACCGUAAAUUCCACGAAAAAUUCGCUUCUCUCCUUGCCUCACACGGUGGUAGACCUCACUGGGCCAAACAACAUUCACUUCGACCCAAAGAUCUAGAGGUCAUUUACCCCAAAUUCAACGAUUUCAGAUCGGUACUUCAACGAGUCGAUCCCAAUGCUAUCAUGAGGAGUGAGAAUGUAAGAAGGCAUAUAGAUGGUGAGAAUGUACCUGAUAGAGUGUUCAAGACUAGAUAG